GUGACCCCUCUGCCGCGCGAGAAACGCCUUGAAGCGUCGUCCUUCUGCUCUUGCGGUCGUCGCGCGUUCGAACGGCUCGCGUCGUUCGGGUGCUGCGUCUCUCUCUACCCUCGGAUCGCAUAGGCCCUCCGCCGCGUCCGGCGCGCCGCCGCGACAAACCUUCUCCCGUCCACGCCAGUGUUUACGCCUGGCGUCCGUGAAAUUGGCCGCAUAUUAUGUUGCUUUGCCAUUUGAAAUCGUUUGCCAGUAGGUUGGCGUCGCCGCGGUCAAGUGCGUGGCUGUGCCCCCUGCUCGAUGCCUGUCGCCUGGUGCACUCGCCGAGCGCCUUGUGAUCGCAUACACAUCGCCUUGAUGCUGUCUUCCCUGCAGGUGUUUCAUCACAUCGUUUGCGCGCUGUAGGAAGAGGAGGAGGUGACGGUUAAAGAAAAAAGACAAGGAGCGGGAGAUGUCCAGGAGUCGUCUGGGCCACCUGAAGCCGUGCUGCGCCUGGUGCGAGGACAACCACAAGGACCUGAGGCACGCCAUAACUGUUGGCCACGUGCGCAAGGAGUUCUGCUCCGAGAACUGCUUGCACGAGUUCAAGCGUGUCUAUCUCAAGGUGGCCUGUGCCCUGUGUGAGAUAGUAAUCCGGGGCGCAUCGGUGCACCUAGAGGACCAUGGGCAGCUACGCGAGUUUUGCAGCACCGAGUGCCUAGACAAGUACCGCUUGAGAGACCCCACAGCCAUGGCCACUGCAGACCGGUCCAGCAAGCUCAAGCCUCAUGGGGGAAGCCAGAUUCAAUACCAGUAUGAAAGCUCAGGCUACUUUGACUGGGACGAGUACCUGAAGGAGACCAACUCCCAACCUGCACCGUCAACGUGCUUCAAGCAGAACCCGGUGCCACCCAAGAAUGAGUUUUGUGCGGGCAUGAAGCUGGAGGCCCAGGACCCGCGCAAUGUGACCUCCACGUGCAUCGCAACGGUGGUGGGCAUCCAGGGUCCCCGGCUGCGGCUGCGCCUGGACGGGGGAGACAACAAGAACGACUUCUGGCGAUUGGUCGACUCCCAGGAGGUGAAGCCCAUUGGGCACUGCGAGCGGGUCGGGGGAAUGCUGCAGCCGCCAUUGGGUUUUCGCAUGAACGCCUCCUCGUGGCCCAUGUUCCUGCUCAAGACACUCAACAAGGCCGACAUUGCUUCCGAGUCUUACUUCAAGUCGGAACCACCCAGCCCACGGAGCAAUGAAUUCAAAGUGGGCAUGAAGCUGGAGGCACUGGAUCGUAAGAAUCCCCACCUCAUUUGUCCAGCCACCGUUGGCGCAGUCAAAGAUGACAUGCUGUUUGUCACCUUUGACGGCUGGCGAGGGGCCUUUGACUACUGGUGCCGUUUUGACUCCCGUGACAUCUUCCCGGUCGGGUGGUGCCGCCUUAGUGGACACCCUCUCCAGCCACCUGGCAACAAAGGAGCCAAAUACAAGGCCCGGCCAGGCAGUGCAGGCACCACAGUGGUUCCAGCGGCUGCCCUCGGUUCGCCCAGCAUUCCACCGCCUCCCAGGGUGCCCUCACCUCGGAACUCCACCCCAACAGGCAACACGUCCUCCCUGGCACCUGCUUCACCAGCAGCCACGGUGACUCGAGCGCGGACUGCCCUGUCGACAACGGGGUCAGCCUCCAACAACGGGUCUACCAGCAGUGAGACCACACGAGAGCAAGUCAAGCGAGUCAAAUCACCGCAUGUCCUGGUCACUGAGCCUGACACUAGCACAGUGGCUGCCAAGCAGAAUCCCACAGUGUGCGUGUAUGUGAACCACCAAUGCUCCUGCGGGCCAUACCUGGACCCGGCCAAGAUCGGCCAGCUGCCCCUCCAGCUCGGGCCGGGUUCCAUGAACCGGGUGCUGCGCGAGGCAGUGCAGGCAUGUGUGGAUUGCGCCCUCAACGAGAAGAAUGUGUACAACCUGCUGCGCAGGGGUGACGGUAAAGUCAUCAUCAAUGCCACAUUUGACGGUCAGUCACACACGUGCCGCCUACCAGCUGUGGACAAGGUGUCGGCCUUCUGGACCUACCUGGAGAACCUCUUUGAGGAACUGCUCUGCUGCGAGAACUUCUACUCCAGUCAGCCGCUGCAGGGCGGAUGCACCAAGUGCGCCAGCAAGGCCCCCACCAAGCCACGAGUGGAGCAGUCUUCUGUGGAGGUGGCCAGGGCAGCAACAGUGUCCGCGAGCACCACCCCGAGUGCUGCCAGCUCGGCAGCCUCAAAACGGCGCCUGUCUUCAGAGGCUUCACUCCCGCCGCAGGCUUGCGCACCAGCUAAGAUCGCCUGUGUCCGCAGCAACUCCACCGACACCGAAGCCAGCUCAACAACAAACCAUCACUCCGAAAGGCCGCAGAGGCCCGUAGGGGUUACCGUGGCUACAGCGCCAAGCUCCCCUGCUGCCAAGCCUGGUCCACCGCCCUCGUCCCCUCCUUGCGAGUGGAGCAUUGAGGACGUGAUCCGGUACAUAUCCAGCCUGGAUGCAGCUCUGGCCACACACUCGGACCUCUUUCGGAGACACGAGAUUGAUGGCCGAGCAUUGCUGCUCUUGAACAGUGAUAUGAUGAUGAAGUACAUGGGCCUCAAGCUGGGGCCUGCUCUUAAGAUCUGCAACAUCAUUGACAAAAUCAAGGGCAAGAAAGCACUGUGACACACCCUGCUCUCUGCACUUCUGCUGCCGCCGCCGGUCUGUGCAUUCUGCAUCGUCGUUUUGUGAGCCAUUUGUGCUUUGGGCCCUUAAGUGCAGGACGUGCACAAGUUGUGAAGCAUGUGGCACCGAGUGCAUCAGCUUCACCUUGAUUGCGACAAUUAUCUGUGGCCGAGUCCUCAAUGUGCACUGCAUUCUCCGAGUGAACUUGCUGCCAUGUCCUGUGUGAGUGACCUCAAAACUGUCCCCACCUUUUUCUUUCUGAGCCUUUUUUUUUUUUUCCUUUGCCAGGUGUGUGGUCUUAAAAUAGUGGUCUCUUCCUAGCGCUUAUUGCCAAAGUGCUGGACUGUGUGUGUGGCAGACUUCCUUCGCUGUGUCCUGCUGAACUGACCUGUGGUGCAACUUGGUUGACAAAAUGGGUGCCUUUGGUUGGUUCCCUGUGGGCAAGAAAUGUGGAUGACCCAAUGAGCGUAGUGCAACUGCAGCAUCAAAAAGUGUGACAAGCUUAUCUGUAUUCAUCAUUUUAUUAAUUUAAGGAAGUGGGUGUUGUCAUUGUUCGACCUUAUGCUACACUUUUUCUUGUAUGUUCUUUGUGUGAAGAACUUGGGGUUUCGUUAAGGCAGCAACCAAAUUACCAAAUAGUAAUUCAAUUUUCUUUUUUUUUUUUCAUUCUUGCACACAUACAGUAUUGCACAAGGGCUAAUUCACCUAUUUAUUUUUGUGUUGCUAAAGCUUCUCAUGUGUCCGGUGUUUCCCCUCAUGUUUUGUACAUAGUAAUUCACCAUCCUGGCUUUUCGAAUCGCAAAAAAUUCGAAUGACUCCUUUGCAGCAAAUUUCAUUGAGGUGUCUGCCACCAUGGCUGUCACUAAUUAUUGGCUGCUUUCUUUUUUUCUUUUUUUUUUUCACUUUCUAAGACAGCAUCACUCAGUCAUUUUUUUUUUCUAUAUUUCUAUCUCGAAAUUUCAAGUUUAACUAAAAUAGCUUGACACAUUUGAUUUUGUGCACUCAGUGGAACCAAGGUUACAGAAUCAGUCUUAUUCAUAGGAGAGGCCUGUGCAUUCUGGUCCCAUUUACUGUGGCUGAAUCAAUCAGCUCAAGACCAGUUUCAGUGCCUAUGUUAAUGCUGUCUACGUACUGCAACAGCAAAUACUCUGCCAAAGCGACAGUAAACUUGGGUAUCCACCAAGGCCACUUGUUGGCUGAUUGAAGCCCCUUAAAUACACAGAUAACCAGUACAGGUGCUGGGGCUGCUGAAUGUUCGUCUGCGCUUUUAGAAACAACUGUGGGCACACAUUGGCCAGUUCUGUUCACUCUUAUUUGUUGUUCACCACCUCUGUUCAUUUCCAGAAAGCACAUGAUCUCCCAGUGGCUUGAAUGUUUGCCCUAGAAAGAUAUUGCUCAAAACAAAAAUGGAAGUCUUAGCUACACAAUUUCUGAUAACUGUACUUCUGUGAUCCUCAUUUUGGUUUGUCCCAUUGUGUUUUGACUUAACAGGUUGGGGUGCUGUAAAGAUUUGGCUUACUUUCUCUGCAUGAUGUCAAUUUCUCGGGACUUCUGUUUGGCUGGGCAACCUUUGACAGCCAAGAAAGACUGGCUUGAUGUGCAUACAUGCUGCAGGCAGCAUGUUACAUCCAUAUGUGCAGUUGGUGUAGUUAAUAGCUGCAGUUUGAAGUUGUAUGCUGGAUACUUGCUACUGUUUGCAUUUUAAUUAGGCAGAUUUAAAUUAAGUAAUGUAAGUGAUGUUUUCUUUGGUACUGCAAAUCAGCUUUGAUUCUACACAUUCAUUCAGCUGAAAAGUGAUGGGCACAUGGAAGCUGUACAAGUCACGCCAGCUCUUUUCAACGCACACCAAUCAACAAAAGAAUGUCAGCUGAUGCCGGUUUCUUGAGCAUCAGCUGUGCAGUGCUCUUGGUGCUCUCUCUCCCCAAUUUGCAGCUACCCUGGUAACAGCCGAACAAAGAACCCUCACGGAACACUUGCCCUAUGGUUGUGCGAUGUUUGUGGGUGCCACUCGGCUUUUGACGACUGCUCUGAAUGGGCAACCCAGCCUGGUCACACACUUCAUGCACAGUGUCGUCGGUUUGGUUUCCAUUUUUUGGGCUGGUUUGCACGAAUGUAGCAUUUCCUCCAUUUGCAUUGAAGUUCUGUUCAAAGGAUGAAUUUUUGCAUUGGAACGUUUUAAGGGUUACACAGAGACAGAAAACAUUCCAAUGUAAAGACUCAUCCUUUUAACCCAGCUUGUUAUCCUUAUUGCCAAGUUCUGUUUGUUUCACUAAAAACAUGUGUUAUGGCAAAUUUCUUCAGCUAGCGGGUAGUUUUUCACUAGCCAACAGUCAUGUGACCAGUGCUCAUUGACUCUUAGACGCACUGUUUUAAAACAAAAAACAAGGAAGUAAACUCGAGAUGGCAGAUGCAAAAUUUUUCUUUUAGAGAGUUGUGUUCAAAACAGCACACCCUAAAGUCAACAAUGUGCAGCUAGCCCCAGUUGCUUUUUUGGUUAACUUGUUAUAUUGUUCUAUUUUGGUGGACAUUUUGUGCGUAGCAAAUGCGAGUUCCUUAUGUGCAGAUAAGCACACAUAAUGUGUACAUGCGUAACUGUUCAUGUAUUGUAUGUACAGUAUACAAUCAUUGUUCCUAUCAACAAUAAUACUGAAGUAUGGUGACUGA